AUGAAGGACAAAGAUGGCGGCGAGGUCGUUGCCCCGACAAGGAUUCCCUAUUGGCGCUUGGUUGCCGACCAAGCUGGAAUCACACCAGAGGUCCUCAACCACAAAUAUGCCGGCUCUGGCACCGAACAAGACCCAUACCUGGUCCAAUGGAUCCCCAACGACCCUCGAAACCCCAUGGGCUGGAGCAAACCAAAAAAGUGGUUCAUCACAAUGAUGGUAUCGCUUACAACACUAGCAGUGGCGCUGCUUUCCUCGGCAUAUACUGGAGGCAUCCGCGAGAUCAUUGAAGAGUUCGGAAUUUCGCAAAUCGUCGCUACCCUUGGCGUCUCACUCUUCGUGCUCGGUUUUGCUAUCGGACCCCUGAUGUGGGCUCCGUUGAGUGAACUCUUCGGCAGACAAUAUCUUUUUUUCGGCACGUAUAUGGUGUUGACAGCGUUCAACGCUGGCUGUGCCGGAGCGGAUAGCGCUAGGACUUUGAUCAUUCUACGCUUCUUCGCAGGUGCUUUCGGCUCAUCACCUCUCGCGAACUCGGGCGGCGUCAUCGCAGACAUGUUCCCAGCAGCCGAGAGAGGUCUGGCGAUGGCGCUCUUUGCGGCCGCACCCUUCCUCGGUCCCGUCAUCGGUCCUAUUGCAGGUGGUUUUCUCGGAGCUGCCGCUGGCUGGCGCUGGGUUCUCGGGUUCUUGGCGGCCUUCUCUGGGACUCUUUGGCUUGUAGGGACUGCUCUUGUGCCUGAGACGUAUGCUCCGUACUUGCUUCGACAAAGGGCGGCGAAACUGUCCAAGAUGACAGGAAAGUGUUAUAUGAGCAAGAUGGAGCACGAUCAGGGCAAAGUCAAGCUUGCAGAGUCUUUCAGAAACGCGUUGCUGCGUCCUUGGAUUUUGCUGUUCCGGGAGCCUAUUGUCUUCCUUCUCAGUCUUUACAUGGCCAUCAUCUACGGAACGCUCUACAUGCUUUUCGCCGCCUUCCCUAUUGUAUACCAACAAGAACGGGGUUGGUCUCAAGGAAUCGGCGGCUUAGCAUUUUUAGGCGUAAUGGUGGGUAUGAUUUUCGCCAUCAUCUAUACCAUCCCGGCAAAUGGUCGCUACAACCGAGUUCAAGAAGAGAAUAACGGCUAUGCGCCACCGGAAGCCCGACUUCCACCAGCGAUGGUCGGAUGCGUUGCUGUCCCUAUUGGUCUAUUCUGGUUUGCUUGGACAAACCAAACCUCGAUUCACUGGGCCGUUAGCAUCGCAGCCGGCAUUCCGUUUGGUUUCGGAAUGGUUCUACUCUUCUUGAGUAUCAUGAACUACCUCAUCGACGCCUACACGAUCUUUGCUGCGUCUGUCCUUGCCGCCAACUCAGUCAUUCGUAGCUGUUUUGGCGCUGCAUUUCCUCUCUUCACGUCAUACAUGUACGCGGACCUUGGUACCAACUGGGCGUCCUCGAUCCCAGCUUUCCUGGCACUUGCGUGUGUGCCGUUUCCAUUCCUAUUUUAUAAGUAUGGAGCUGCCAUUAGAUCUCGCUGCAAGUUUGCUGCGGAGUCCGAAGCUUUCAUGGCGCGGCUUCGCCAAGAAGACUCAUCUGGCUCGGAGGAAAAGGAACCCGAGCAAACGAGUUCAGCGGAGGUUGCGGUUGACACCGAAGAGACAUCGGAUGGGCCUACAUACGCAGCUUUGAACACACAUCGGCCUCGGACUAUGAGUGGUGGUACAGCCGUGUCUUCACGCCGCAAGUCUUAUGAUGGUAAUCCAUAUGACAUUGACAGAGUCAACACUCGACAGUCAUUUGGGCGGUGA